AUGUGUCUCGAAGGUUCUACAAUCGAGAUUAUUGAUAAGCGCGAGGAAAUCGAUGAUCUGCAUACAUUUCUCUUGUUAGAUGAUAAGGAUUUCAUUAGACUAAGCCUCAAAACAAAACAGAUUAAAAUUAUUCAAAGAAUCCAACUGCAGUACCAAGAUGAAACGACAGAAUGGCUUGAAGACGAUCUAUCUCAAAAUGUAAGACACGUGGCAGCAGAUGUCACCAUCCAUACCGAUUCAUAUUCUCCAGCUGCUCCAAUACUUCCAUCUGUUUCUACUGCUUCACCGACUUCGGCUGUUCUAUCAGACAAAGCUGCGUCAUUGGACCCUGUUGCUCCAGCUGCCCUCGCUGAUGAUGACCAUCCUUAUAAGGGAAUAAGUCUGGACGAUAUAAUUGAUAUCGACCGCGUGUUGGAAAAGACGGAACAAGGAAUUGCCAUAAUGGAAAUACUAAAAGAGAAAACGAAACCCAAGGAGAAGAUUAUGAAGGAGCUCGUUUACAUUCUUUGUGACUGCUUGAAGGCACAGUACGGCUAGUGAGUACAAUAUCUUUUUACUAUUUA